AUGCAGCGGAGUAUAGCAUCCUUCUUUCAGCCAAAAACUAAAGAAAAGAAAUCUGCCAAUGAACCGCUGAAAAAAGCGGUGAAGAGUCCUCUGAAGGUGCAGAACGGAGCUCAUGAAGAUUCUCCUGUGAAGAAACCUCCCAAACGAAGCAGACAGAUCCUGGACAGCGAUGAAGACGAGGCUCCAGAAAACCAGCAGCAGAGCAGAGAGAAGACGGAGCUGAAGGAGGUGAAGAAGGAGGAAGAAAAACCAAAACCACCCGCCACACCUGCCCAGGCUGCCACUCCUGCUGCCACACCUGCCCAGGCUGCCACACCUGCUGCUGCUGCCACACCUGCCCAGGCUGCCACUCCUGCUGCCACACCUGCCCAGGCUGCCACUCCUGCUGCUGCUGCUGCCACACCUGCCCAGGCUGCCACUCCUGCUGCCACACCUGCUGCUGCUGCCACACCUGCCCAGGCUGCCACUCCUGCUGCCACACCUGCCCAGGCUGCCACACCUGCUGCUGCUGCCACACCUGCCCAGGCUGCCACUCCUGCUGCUGCUGCCACACCUGCCCAGGCUGCCACUCCUGCUGCCACACCUGCCCAGGCUGCCACUCCUGCUGCCACACCUGCCACACCCAAGUCUCCUCCACCGACCGCUAUCACCCCUGGGACUGCUCCUGCCACACCUGCCCUGUCUGCCUCACCUGCUGCUCCUGCCACACCUGCCCUGUCUGCCUCACCUGCUGCUCCUGCCACACCUGCCCUGUCUGCCUCACCUGCUGCUCCUGCCACUCCUGCCCUGUCUGCCUCCUCUGGGACGCCCUGCACUCCAAACUCCAUCUCUCCAUCAGGGAUCGUCAAACGUAAAACCGCGAGGAAGAUGUUCCCCAAGAGGAGGCUGGACGAGAGCGGCGAGAAAGAAGAGUCUGAGGCGAAGGACAACGCGGGUCAUCAAAACAAACGAGCCCGAGUGGAGAAGGAAGCCAACUCUGCAGGUAACGGCUAA